CUUCAAAAACGCACCCUAUUCCUCAUUAUAUGCGUCACUUUUGUUCUUGAAUCUCUUCCUAUUCUAGAGCAGCUGAGAAAGAAUGUUCCAUUCUAAGAAGCCUACUAUGAAUGCACAUGACAGGCCUAUGUGUGUUCAGGGCGACUCUGGGCUUGUCCUCACAACAGACCCCAAACCCCGUCUCCGAUGGACCGUCGAGCUUCACGAGCGAUUUGUAGAUGCUGUCACUCAGCUUGGAGGCCCAGACAAGGCCACACCAAAGACCAUCAUGAGGGUUAUGGGCGUCAAGGGUCUUACACUCUAUCAUCUCAAGAGCCACCUUCAGAAAUUUAGACUUGGGAAGCAACCCCAUAAGGAAUUCAAUGAUCAUGCAGUUAAGGAUGGGGACAGAGCACUAGAGCUUCAGAGAAAUGCUGCUUCUUCAUCUGGGAUAAUGGGUCGAAGCAUGAAUGACAGGAACGUACGCCUAACGGAGGCACUCAGGAUGCAAAUGGAAGUAGAAAGAAGAUUGCAUGAACAACUAGAGGUGCAGAAGCAUCUGCAGUUAAGGAUUGAAGCCCAAGGGAAGUAUUUGCAGAACAUAUUAGAGAAAGCUUUCCAAACACUUGCUGGUGAUCAGAACAUGGCCACAGCAAGUUAUAAGACUGUGGGUAAUCAAGGAGGAGUACUCGAUGUGAGUGCCAUGAAAGAUUUCGGUUCACCUGUUAACACCUUUCCAUCUCUUCAAGACCUACACAUAUACGGUGGGGAGCAGCUUGAUCUGCAGUCACAGAUGGACAGAACAUCUCUCGAUGGUUUCAUGCCAGCAGCAGCCAACGACAAUAUUUGUUUAGGGAAGAAGAGGCCUAGCCCGUAUAGCAGUAGCAGCGGCAAGAACCCUUUAAUUUGGGCUGAUGACCUCCGACUACAGGAGCUGGGGGGAACGGCUGCUGCAUGUCUAGGCCCUCAAGAAGACGCUUUCAAGGGUGAUCAUCAGCUUCAAAUCUCUCCAUCGGCAAUUGACAACGGCCCAGAUAUGGAUUCCAUCUCAGAUGUUUAUGAAACCAAGCCGAUUGUCUCAGGGGACAGUAUGGGUGAGAAGAAAUUUGAGGCUUCGGCAAAGCUUGAGAGACCAUCUCCACGAAGAGCAACACUUCCAGUGGAAAGAAUAAACCCCAUGAUCAAGAGCAGUGCCUUAACCCAAGGAAGAAAUAUGCCUUAUGGGUGAAUUUUAGAUCCAUUAUUUAUGAGAUGUAAGUGAUCUGAACGAAGCUUUUAGUUUCACUUAUACCCAGAAAAAAAGAAAAAAAACAGACACAUAUUAGGAGGUUCUAUGGGGAUACUGUAUGAGAGAAUGCCAUGCAAUGCAUGGUGGAUCUCAAUUCAAAGUUUCAAAACUACCUUUAUUAUUAGUACAUUAUUGGAAUUUAAUUAUUAUAUGUAAGGUGACCUCUGGACAUUUUAUAUUCUGAAAUGCAUCUCAUUUCAUCUCA